UUGUCUCACGAUCGCGCGAUUUUCGGGAUCAAUUUUAAGAGAAAAUUCUCUCUACGUAAGAUCAGAGUGCGCGAGUAUGUACAAGUGUCCCGACGAAUCGUAGAUUUAAGAGAGCAUCGCCUAACGCUCGAAAGAUAACUGAUUGUAAGUUCACCCUGCUGAUAUUUAACAGAACUCCUACUGCAAUUGCAGGUAGCUAUGCAGUUAGAGCGAGAGAGAGGGGGGGGGGGGAGUGACUCGGUAAUCGUAACACAUAAAUUAACGUUGCUGUGAGCGUGGGUGGCACGACAGUUUAUCUAUAGUAUGCAACGUUGUUUUAGCACUAGUUACCGGCGAGAGACUGACUUUUGCGCGGCAUCAGAUGCGAGUUAAUUACAUUAAUUAGCACAUUGACAUGUACCUUACAACUUUACCAUUAUACUCGUCCCCGACAGCGUGAAAACCGCACUUGUAUUAUGCAUUUGUCGAGCGCUGCCGGUGAAUUAGUGGUCUUACAUUAAUGCACUAAUCACGAAAGGUUAAUGAGAUUACACGUAAAGCUACAUCGCGCCGUUGCGUAAACCGUGUAGCUUUCAAAGCAACAAAGGGUGGGAAAGCCGCUUAAGACGACAGGCCGACCGAUUCGCGCAAGCGCAGACAGUCGUCUCGCCCGCAAGGAGUUUAGACUCCUCCUUUUUUUCCUUUUGUUAUCUCAUCGUUAGCUCUUUUCGCGUUAAACGCACGCUAAUCCGCCACAUAUUUUAAGCUUUAAUACAAUAGUUUCGUCGCGACGAAAUUCAAUAUCCGAUCGACUGACGGGGGGGGUAUCGAGUCGAAAAGUUUCGACAUGGGACCGAACGUCGAGGAGCGUCGAGCGGUUCAAUAAUCGUUUCCGAUAGGUUUUUUUGUUUUUCAUGAGAACGUUUCGUUUAAUCUGUCAAUUUCAGAUACGUCCACGGCAAACACACGCUCGGUGAAGAACCACUCGCGAAAAUGAGCGCGGCCGUAGAAAACGGCGUGGACCCCUCGAAGCCGCGCGGCGGCGUUUUCUCGAGGGCGUUCGCCAAGCGUGCGCAGCCCUACGAGGAAGCUCUGAAGACAUUGAAUCGUUUGAACAAGGAAGGCGAGGCGCUUGCCCUUCAAGAUGACCUCACAACGCACCCCACCCUGGCCUUGAUGCGGCGCAUCCUUGCAGAUGCACAGGCAAAAUUCCGCGUGAUGGUGGAGGAGAACGCAGCGACCGGCGCCCGGCUGGACGGCGAGCUGGAACGCGCUCGAGGCGAGUGCGCCACUCUUCGGGGCGAAUUACGCGACGUUCGUGGCGCCUUGCCAAUCGUACUGAAUAAUAACAACGCCGGCAAUGGCAGCGCUAACAGCAACAACAAUUCUGGUGCAGCAACCGGCGUUUCCGGCGGCAACUCGAACCCUGGCCAGGAAGCCGAGGCUCAGCAACAGGCGCAACAGGAAGACGGCAAGCGGCUUAGCGCCGGCAGUAGCCCGAUCGAGAAGAGGAGCUCGGCCAGCGAUAAAUCCGCCAGUCCUAUCGAGAAGCGGACCAGCCCGGUGGACAGGAAGGAUAGAAGCAGCCCCGUCGAACGGCGAUCCAGUCCCAUAGAACGAAGAAAUGGCUCGCCCUGCCGAAGUCCGAGCGAGAAAGCUCGCCGGCCGUACGCCCCGGCUUUGGAGAAGACGCGGCUGGGCGGAUCCGGGGGCAGUGUGGAUUCUCGAUCGGGCAGCGCCAGCCCGGAUCGGGGACCGGCGAACCGGAGCGGCUUCCUGCAUCGCGGUAGCAGCGAUCGUUCCAGCGGCGAGCGACUGCGGAUAUCGACUAACCGCGAUGCCCUGCGAUCCAGCAAGGAGAUGAACGACCAUGACCAGAAAGACGCCGAUAAAGAUCUGGUGGACGGCGACGCGCGGGGCGACGAGGACAAUGAACCCCCUGGACCGGCGCCGAGCAGCAGACCCACAUCCCCAGCUAAUUCACUCGUAAUCGGCGACCCGGUGGUCGCGUCCAGACUGUCCAACAUUCACGGUUGCGGACACGCGGAGCUGGCGAGCGCCAGAAGAUUACGACUGGAGAACGAACGGCUGGUCGCCGAGGUCGCAAGGUUGAGGAGGUUGUUGCUGACCGGCGCAGCGCGCGGCGAGGUCGGCGCCGAGGACGCCGCGAUGGAGGAGGAGGCGCGCUUUGUCGCCCUGGAAAUGGAAUUGCAGCACGCGAAGGAGGCACUCCAGGCGUUGAAGGCCGACCGGAAGCGGCUCAAAGCGGAGAAGUUUGAUCUUCUCAAUCAGAUGAAGGCGCUCUACGGCACCCUCGAGGACAAGGAGCGUGAACUACGCGAUUUUAUCCGAAAUUACGAACAGCGGAUGCGGGAGAACGAGGCGACCCUGGGACGUCUUCAGCAGCAAGGAGUCGGCAUGCCUUCGGAGGAACGCGAGCGGGAGAGGGAGAGGGAACGCUGGAGUCUUCUGAGGGCGGCGAGGGAUGAGGCCGAUCGAAGUCUGAGCCUCGCGGCUAAUUUGGCCGACAAAGAGGCCGCCCUCUCGCACGCACACGCGACCAUAAAGGAGCUGCAACGUCAACUGGGAGAACGCGGCGGUGGCGGCGGGAUCUGCCUGAGCGAUCAGGAGUCCCUGGUGUCAUUUCCUCGGGGCAGCGUGAACGGUGCCGCGACUCCCGGAGCCGGCAGCAGCAGCGGCGGCGGCGGCGGCGGCGGUGGCGGCGGUGGUGGCUGCGGCAUCAUCCCCCACGUAAAUUCCCAGCCGCCCUUGGGCGCCACCGAGCUCGGCAUGUCCGUGGGUAACGUGGGUGGCGGCCCGGGUGCAGGAGGAUCCUCCGGCGGCCAGGCCGGCGAUCGCGGCAGCUGCAGCGCGGACAGCGGCGUCCGCGGGUCCAGCGAUCGCGAGAGCGGCGGGGCGACCAGCGUCGGCGGGAAUCUCUCGGACUCCACGACAGACGGCACGCCAACAAUUACGGUCGAGGGCAGCGGUCUCGACAUGGACAGCAUCUCCGUGGUAUCCUCCGUAGCACCACCCCACAUAUACCAAUCCGCAACCACACCGAAAGACUGCAGCCCCACGCUGUCGCCGCUGAACGCGUUUUCAAGGUCCAUGGACAAUUCCUCGCUAUCGCGAUCGGUCGAGCAGCUAUCCAGCCCGCUGGAAUCCGAGCCGAGGAGGAACAAGCAGCCACCACCUGUCGUCGCACCUGCCGCGCAUUCGCGAUCGUCCGCCACUCGCGGCGGCACAUGGGGAUCCAUUUCAAGAGUAUUCGCCCGUUCGCGACAUCGGAAGACGGCAAACAGUUCCAGCGGUGGCAGCGGCGGCAACGAGGGCUCGGACGGCUUUGAUCCAUAUCGAUCGUGGUCGCCGCUCACCGAGGAGGGUUACGCCGAGAAACUUCGUUUGCUCCGAGAGGCAGCCUCCGUGCCCAUGGAGCGAUGGCGCGCCCCGACCGUUUUAGCCUGGCUAGAGGUGGCUCUCGGGAUGCCGCAGUAUGGUCCACGAUGUGCUGAGAAUGUCAAAUCGGGCAAGGUUCUACUGGAGCUGAGUGACGCCGAGCUGGAGGCCGGUUUAGGCGUAACUCAUCCGCUUCAUCGAAAGAAGCUGCGUCUGGCCAUCGAGGAACACCGGCAUCCAAGUCACGUACGAUAUCCCUGUAUCGCUCAGCUCGGUCACACCUGGGUAAGCUCCGAAUGGCUGCCGGAUCUCGGCCUGGCACAGUACUCGGAGAGUUUCGCCACCAAUAUGGUAGACGCGCGUAUGUUGGACCAUCUGAGCAAGAAGGAGCUUGAGAAACUGCUCGGUGUCACGAGAAAGUUUCAUCAGGCCAGCAUCGUUCAUGGUAUUCACCUACUGCGGAUGCUAAACUAUGAUCGCCAGGCCCUCGCGGUCAGGAGACAUCAAUGUGAGCAGGUUGACACGGACCCUUUGGUUUGGACGAAUCAAAGGUUCAUUCGGUGGGCGAGGAAUAUCGAUCUGACGGAAUACGCCGAAAACUUGAAAGACUCGGGUGUGCACGGUGCUCUGGUCGUAUUGGAGCCGUCGUUCACUGGCGACACCAUGGCCACCGCCUUGGGCAUACCGCCGGCGAAGCACAUGAUUAGACGACACCUCACCGCCGAAUUAGAAGCGCUCGUUCUGCCAGCAAGAAGUCAGCUGGAGGUGGUCCCGAGGAACAGCACCGCUGGGGGUGGCCGUCCAAUGAGCACCGCGAGCGCGGGCGGUAGUCUUGGUCGUGGGAGCAGGGCGCUGCAUCUACAGCAUCAUCAGAGCUCGCUGUCGGCCCUCCACAUGACGGCGAACCACACCGGCACCGUCGACAGGCGCAGAUCCAGCCUCAGGACCUGCAGUCUUCUUUACUUGAAAAAGUUGUCAUGGAGGAGCUCACAGGGAUCCCUGAGCAGGGCGUUCGGUCUCCGGCCUAGAAGCGAGAAGGCGUCACCGUCAUCGUCCUCCGACACCGGGAGCCUCGCCAGCCAGUGCCAGUACAUGAGCAGCAGUGUCCGCAGCAACUCGCCGCCGCCCCCGCAGCUUCCGCCGCGGCCGAUGUCGACCGGCGGCGGUAAACGGCAUCGACGGGUGAAGAGCAUCGGUGACAUCGAGUACAUAAGCUCGGCUGCGGUCAGCACCCCGGUCUGACAGGAGGGUAGGCCCCAUCAUUCGGGGCCUUACCGCAGUCUGAGCGAACGCGGUUACUCCUCCUCCUCGUACUCCUCGUCCCAGUACGGCUCGUAUUCCGGCUACAGCAACGUCUUGCUGGGCGGCGAUCAGUACCAGCAGUACCAGCAGCAGCCCGGCGGCAAUUACUAUCAGCAGCUGCAGGGCGGCUACUACUCGCCGCAGAGCUCCGGGCCUCCUUUCCCGGGCGUGCAGAGAUACGGCAGUCUGGCCGAGGAGGCCUGGUCGUCGUGCUCCACCAAGGGAGACGGCCCGGCGGGAGUCCCGAAGACUAAUCCCAGGACUUAUUUAGCUUAGCUUCUCGCUACCGCACCGAAGGCUCGUUGAGCGAACGUUCGUUCGGGAGUAGCACCACUGUGCGACGCGCCGAUGUAGCCUCGGAAAACAGUGUGCGUCCCUGUGUGGUUUCAGAUCUACUUUAUCUCGUACCUCCCUUGUUGCAUGUGGACCCUCAAUGGUGAUUCAGUAAACAGCUUAUGGCAGGAGAGAAUCACAAAGAUAUCAUGUCGCGCGCUUGUCGGAGCCAGAUGUUAAUCCGCGAUUUUUGCAUACUUCAAGUGUGGCUCGCUGUAUCAGACACUGUACCUACGCGACUCAAAGAGAUAAAUAAUUAUCGACAAGCUGCUAAAGAGUGUACCGCUAAAUCUAAGAUCCCGAGCUUCUGAAAUUUCAUGUUUCGACGUAAGAAUGUUAGCGAGGUGACCUGAUCGAAUUUACAAUUAAUUUUACAAGGGGAUUGACGCGAUGCCCGGAUAACCACUGUCGUUACAAUAAACCAAAACGAUCACACGCAAACUUGUUACAUAAUAACAGUAAUAGACAAUACGUUAGCUGGACGUUGGACUACCAGGAUACGAACAGUUUCGGGCACUUUACGGCACGAUUAAACCUAAAGUUCUAAUGGGCGAGUAAACGUUGAUGUCAGUUAUCUCAGAGUUAUUCUCAAUUACAAAGUAAUUAUACGUCGUACAAAUACUGGGCAGCAUAUCGUGAUGUUAAGAGAUUUAAAAAGUCUGACCAAAUUUUAUGAAACACAUCGAGCUACUGACCGAUAUAUACAUAUUAUAUAUAUAUAUCUGAUGGAAAUAAAUAAGAUAUAAAAGAAUAUAAUUAUGGUCACAGGUAAGAUUACAAAUAAGUAAACUAAUAAUGAAAAUGUUUCAGUUCAGUUGAUAUGUAUACUACGGUGACAAUAUCUCACACAAACGAUUCGCCGGUAUAAUUUUUUAUUGCUAUCGUUGCGAACGGCAUCUCUCUAUCGAGAUACCUAUAGCUAUAAUUUAGGAAUCGUAAACUCAUUCCUCUGUAUGUGAGCUAGCGUGAAAGGAUUGUGUCGCUAAAGAAUAUUUUCGCUUAUGAGUCGAUCUUUGCGAACGAAUGAAUGGAACUUGGAAAGCUUUAACGUGACAUCAGCCGGCUGAAAGAUUAUCGCAACGGCGCGUUCUCGGUAUCCCCUCGUGUACGUAUUUAUAAUAUGAUACGUACGUUUAUCUGUACUUUUGCGUUACUUUCUAUCGAUGUGUACGUAUGUAUGCGAGUUUCCUGCAACCACUUAACUGGAAACUUUGUCGGAUAAGCUUGAAACCACACAUUCACUCAAGCUAAGUGUGUUAGAUACCGUGAAGUUGUAAUGAAUAUAGAACAGAAUCGCCUCACGAAGACACCUAGUCUUCCAUUAUAUUCCAUCAUGUGCGGCAGGAUAAAAUUGAAUGCAAUUCCGUUCUUCGUUAUUCUUGAAUCAAAAGGAAGAAUCGGAAAAUUCAAUUGUCGCUGCGACGAAUCCCAUCUCUAAUGGCACACGAGAAUUCUUCAAGUACCUAUAUCUUCAAGCUGCAAUCUAUAUAUGAAAAAGUUUAUAGAGAACUGCUCCCUGGACGAUUGCAAUUACGGAUAGUUUUUCAUUGCGUAUCUAUGAUAUAAUUAAUUAUCGCGACGCGCGCUCCGAUAGACCGGAAAUAUAAAUGAAACGAGUCGCAAAUCGCACACAAUUAAAUCCAAGUGCCAGAGGGAUCGAGUGUGCACUGUAAUUCGGCGCCGAAAUGUACCGUACGUUCGGCUCGUUAUAUCAUUAUAUUAAUACGUACAAUCUCCCCGGUGUUCGUAUAUUACGCUCGCGCGGUCGCAAGGGAAAACAAAGUGAGACGAUAUUUUGCAGAUAAUGCACAUAUUUAACGUGAUAUUUAUUCGUAGAUUAUAAUCAUUUCUUGAUAUUUAUACGGCACCCGCGUGUUCGGUCGUCAAACUAUUUGAUUUCUGCGUCAAUCAGAGAACGAUCAGGACCACACAAUAUAUUUUAUUGUUGGACUAGUAUUAUCGUUGUUUCGCGAGGCGGAAACGGCGAAUUAAUACGUUAGCUAUCGUGACAUUUGUGUACCUAAGUAAUUUAUUUAUAUAAAUUAAUUUGGGUCUUUAAUUUAUUUAUAUACAAUAUUAAUGCGCAACGCGGCCAACGACAGAAACGACGGGUUCGCUUAUUGGACGCAGCGCGCGAUCACACAUUUCAAUACAAACCGUUGUAAAUGUGCUCAGUCACGUCUGUAUAUAUUUGUGUGAACUGUAUCUAAACACGGAAAAAGAUUAAAUAAACGAUUGCCUUUA